AUGAUGUCAUACUGCCUAAUUUAAAUGUGACGUACCUAUUUCCACAUUUAUGCCGGUGCGUCCGAGUAGUUCGCUAUAAAAUUGCAUUUAAUUAAACGUUUCCAUUGUGAAUAAGUGAAAAAUGUCUCAUUAUCAGUUUAAAACAGCGGGUGCUCUCCCGCCACCAGCACUGCCAGCAGACAAGCUCAGACUGUACCAUGUAGAUAUGAACCCAUACGGUCACAGGGUCCUUCUGGUAUUGGAGGCGAAGAAGGCGAAAUAUGAAGUGUACAAAUUGGAUCCGUUGAGGCUGCCAGCGUGGUUCAAGGAGAAUAACAGGAGAUAUAAAAUCCCAGUCCUGGAAGUACCGACAGACCAUGGCGACAAAUAUCUGUUUGAGAGUGUGGUGAUCUGUGACUAUUUGGACGAGAAAUACCCGCGGAAUCCAUUGCAUUCCAGCGAUCCCUUCGGGAAGGCACAGGACAGAUUGCUCAUUGAGAGAUUUAAUGAGUUAAUCAAAGGAAGUUUGGAGUGCUUCGAUACAAACUUCGUAUUCGGCAGCGAACAAAUACUGCAGACAAUGGAUAUAUUCGAAAAGGAAUUGGCGUCCAGGGGUACAAAUUAUUUUGGUGGGAACCGUCCGGGGAUGUUGGACUAUAUGAUUUGGCCAUGGCUGGAACGCCUUUACCUCAUGAGGGUAGUCGACCAGCGGAAGUUUGACGAUAAACGCCACUAUUUUCCUAAUUUUGCCGACUGGGGUGAUCUAAUGCAGCUAGAUGACGUGGUGAAAAAGCAUUCGCGGUCACCUCAAGAAUACUUCGAUUACUACAAAAAUGUUAAAACGCAUUCCAUGGGAUUCUAUCUUUAGAAGUACUUGGCUAUAGAAGCUAUAAAGAUUUUUUAUUAAAUCGCCUUAUUUAAUUUUGUAAUUUUAUAAGGAUUAUUCAAUACAGGACAUAUGCAAGAAGACAUCGUAAGGAAACACGUCAAGUCGAGACUUACGAAAGUCGUAGUUCGAUUAUGAUUUUUCAAAUGUCAAUGUCAUGUCAAUUGUCAACGCGUUUAGGCAUAGAUAUAUUAUUUUUAUCAGACGGGAGGCAAACUGUCAAAGUUCAGUGUUCCGUCUCCUGUGGACACCUUACAGCAGCAGGUUUGCUUAUACGUUGCCGGCAUGUAAGGUAUGCUGUAGCCACUUAGUCGUAAUGAUGCAAGCUUCUUCACCUAAGUGUGUUUCAGGCAUGGGCUGGUUAUUAUUUUUUAUUAUUUCAAAUCUAUAAUAUCUCUAAAAUAUUGUUUUUAAAUCAAAAUUAUUGAAACUACCUGAUACAAGAUUUGUUGACAGUAUCUAUCUUAAAAUGUCAAUGCUUAUUCAAUAACUUUUUUUUAUUUAAUAUAUAUUUACACUAAUCUUUUUACACUAAAAAUUGUGAUAUUUAUAAGUGAAAAAAUAUCCUCAUCAAUACACAGAUUAAACGGAACUCACGGAACUAUGCUCUAUGAAUUUUGUUUAUGAAAAUAGACGUCAAUUCAUGUCGUACCAGGCCAUAAAAUUAUUUUUAAAAAACCAAAUCAUGUCGCCCAUUAUUGAGGUACAGGAACUGUUUUUAUUUAAUAUUUAGCUUAGCUAGUUUUGGAACUCGUUUCUUCGCUGUUUACAUGUUGUUUUCAAAAGCAAGAGUAUAUUAUAUUUUCAUAAUUUUUAAAUAUGAAUUAAAAAUCUGUAAAUUCAUUUAUGUUAGUUUUUGUAUGGGUGCAGCUAAGGUAUAAUAUUAUGUACUUAAAGUUAUAUAAAAAUACAUUUUGAAUUAUGGAACUCAACAUUAUCUAACAUUUUCAUUUCCGAUUUCUAAAUUCGUUUAUUUACAAAACCGGAAAUGAAUUUAAGUUAUUUAGUUACUUAUUUACUGUAAUAUUUCCAAAUACAAUAAAUAAGGGAAUCAAAAUUUCUGUGUUGUGAGAUAUGAAUCUAAUAAAAUAACUUUUAAUGUUGUAAGUUUUGUUGUACUUUUUUUAAUUACUUCGAAGUCGCAUAGGUUUAAGUCAACAAAUAACGCACAGGUUGUAACAAUGUUAUAUUUUCUAUAUUGGUAAAGUUAAGUAUAAAAUAAAAGGAGUUAUGUAAAA